AUGAGCGUCAACCCCGACGACACCGUGCAAGAGUACAAGGAGAGGCAGGCGCACGACUACGACGGCACCGCCUCUCCCGACUCUGGCUCGACCUUCGACCCUCGCUCGGCAACCGAGGAGGAGCUCCUCCGCGAGGCGCUCUUCCCGAGCGACUCUUACACCCCGGACGGCCGCUACUGGGCGGACCUCCCCGCCGGCGAGAGGUGGUCCUUCGCCUCUGGCCAGUUCAGCCGCGAGACUAGGCGCGACUUUUCCUACGUCUGGAACAUGUUCAAGAAGGACCCGGUUCAGCCGUUCCGCGCGUACUGGAACAAGUAUGUCCUGACUGGAAUGGGUCUCUUCGUCGAGGGUUACGUCCUCUUCUCGAUCGGCAACCUCAAGUCGCUCUUCAAGAGCGCCUGGCCCGCAUGCUGGAAGACGCACGCCGUCUGCAACCCGAACUGGACGAGCGCUGUCUCGUACCUAGAGAUUGUCGGUAUCCUCAUGGGACAGAGCAUCGUCGGCUUCGAAGGCGACUGGAUCGGCCGCAAGUUCGGCCUCUGCCAGGACGCCCUUAUCAUGCUCAUCGGCGCCAUUCUCCUCACGAGCGUCUGGGGAGUCACCCUGAACGGCUGGGUCAUCGCCUACGCCUGGUCGCUCUUCAUCUACGGCUUCGGCGUCGGUGGCGAGUACCCCAUGACCGGUACGCGCGCACUCGAGACCAAGGUCUACGGUCCCCAGGGCACUCGCGACGACCGUCUCCACCGUGGUCGCAACGUCGUCGGUAGCUUCCUCAUGCAGGGAUGGGGACAGGUCUUCAACCAGUGCAUCCUCCUCAUCUGCCUCAUGAUCUUCCACUCGGGCAAGACGAACCCUCCCUUCUCGCCUUCGACCGCCCAGGCGACUUACCGCGUCCAAUUCGGCCUCGGCAUCCUCCUCCACCUCUGGCUCUUCUACCACCGUCUCUACAAGGUCCACGACGCCGACAACCUCCUCACGACGUCGAAGAGGAAGCACAAUGUUUCGGGCUACGACGGACACUCGCUUCGCCUCCUCACCUCGCACUACUGGGGUCGCCUCUUUGCUACCGCCGGCUCGUGGUUCGCCAACGACGUCUUCUUCUACGGCACCAAGGUCUUCGCUGGUACCUUCAUCCACAUCAGCAAGCCUGGCGCAUCGCUCGUCGUCACCUGGGAGUACAACCUCAUUGACUUGGCCGUGUCGCUCUGCGGCUACUACAUGGCGUUCUUCUUCAUCGACCACAAGCUCUACGGUCGCCGUAGGAUGCAGCUCGUCGGCUUCGCCUUCGACUUCAUCAUUUACCUCUUCGGAGCCAUCUUUUUCCACCAACUCCAGGUUCCGGGCGCUCCUAUCGCUGCCUUCCAGUUCAUGUACCACUUCUCGGCGUUCUGGAACCAGUUCGGCCCGAACACCGUCACCUUCUUGACGGCUGCUGAAGUCUACCCCUCGUCAAUCCGUUCCACCGCCCAUGGCUUCUCCGCUGCUUGCGGCAAGAUCGGCGCACUUAUUCCGACCGUCCUGUUCAACUACAUCGACGACCGCACCAAGCUCUGGUUCGCCUUCCCCUUCGGCGUCCUCGGCGUCGUCUGCAGCUUCUUCUUCCUCCCCGACACGACCGGCAUGGACCUUCGCGAGAUCGAGCGCUACUGGCGCUACGUCCGCGCUGGCAAGGCCAACCAGUACCAUGGUAUUGCGGUUCACCCGCACCACCUCAGCUGGUACGAGCGUGUCGUUCUCAAGCGUCACCUCGCCUACGACCCGGUCCAGGACCGCAUCGACCGCAUCGACGAGCUCCGCGUCCUGUACGAGUCAAGCCUCAUCGCCGAGACGGACCCGACCGCGCAGGACGUCAACCACGCCAGCAUCACGCCCGCUGUCGCCGAGUACUUCCGUCGCGAGGCUCCCGCUUCGCAGCGCCGCCACAACCAGCUUGACAAGGAGCGCGCGAUUCGCGGCGAGGGUGUGCCGAGCGAGAAGGUUUACGGCUCGCGCCUCGAGGAGACCCUUGGCCAGCAGUGA